AUGACCUGCUGUGGAACCCCCUCCAUCGGGCACCCCGGCCACCGCCCUGGCCACGGCCGCCCCGGUCCCCACUGCCCCCCGGGCCAACUACCCAGCGACGAGGACUGUGGCAACUUCAUAGUAAUUAAAGCUCCGAUUUGCCCUACUCCCUGCCCGACAUCUUGCCCUACGCGACCGCCAAAGGUCAACUACUUUCUGCUCAAGUCUGUGUGCACCGAACCGCCAACCCCGCCUCCAUGUCCUCCACCUCCCUGCACUAGCAAUGUGACGUUCAUGGACAUGAACGGCAACUCGAUCCCCAACGCAAACUCGGCGCAAUUCCUGUUUGUGAACAAUGGCCAGCCGUCGUACAGCUAUAACAAAUGCCAACGCCCCUGUGAUGGAUACGCCAAGUUCCUGCAGUACAGAUAA